AUGAGGAAGAACAAACAUGGGUUCAGGAGGCACGUUGUCAUCAAAAAGCCGAAGCAACCGCAGGAGCAACCCACCGUGGAUCCUGUUACGGGAAAGAAAAUCCCCAAAAGUUUUGUCUUUUCACGAGGGAAGAUUCCGGCUUCUCUCAAACAGCUUCAAAUGGACCUCAGAAAGUUGAUGCUCCCAUACACUGCUCUCAGCCUUAGGGAAAAGAAACGGAAUAAUUUGAGAGACUUUCUGAAUGUUGCUGGACCCAUGGGUGUCACGCAUUUCUUCAUAUUAUCAAAAACUGCAUCUUCACCUUACUUGAGGGUUGCAACAACCCCACAAGGGCCUACUCUUACGUUUAAGAUACAUGAAUACUCAUUGGCUGCUGACAUUGCUCGAUCUCAGUUGCGUCCUAGAUGCCCUAAGGAUCUAUUCAAGAAUUCUGCUUUGAUUGUGCUUUCUGGAUUUGUGAGUGGAGAUCCACCUCUACAGCUUACAACUAACAUGUUUCAGAAUAUUUUUCCAACAAUUGAUGUCAAAACUGUUAAGCUCUCCACUUGCCAAAGAAUCUUGUUACUUAAUUAUAACAAAGACACUAAGCUCAUUGAUUUUCGGCAUUAUUCCAUAAGAUUACAACCUGUAGGUGUUUCACGCAGAUUAAGAAAACUUGUGCAGAGCCAUCAGGUUCCUGAUCUAAGGAAUCUUCAAGACGUUAGUGAUUUUGUCACGAAGGCUGGGUAUGGAUCAGAGAGUGAAGCUGACGGAGAAGCAGCAACAGUUACUUUGCCUAGUGAUAUUGGUAGAGUUAAUCGUGCUUCUACAAAAAGUUCUGUCAAAUUACAAGAGGUUGGACCCAGGAUGACUCUUCAACUAGUUAAGAUUGAGAAGGGACUGUGUUCGGGCGAAAUUCUCUUCAGAGAAUUUGGAACAGCUGGUGGCAAAGGAAAAAGUGAUGAUGAGAUGCUGGGUGAAGAAGAUGCAGAAGGUGACGAAGACGGAGAAGAUCAAGAUGAAGAACAUCCAGAGGACAGUGAAGAUGAAGACGAAGAUGAAGAACUUGAUUAG